AUGCUGGCCUCAAAACCGCAGUACUCGGCCGGCAUGGGGAUUCCAGCGGCUCAGGCGUCGACCACCUCCUCCCACACAAACACUGCCAGGCCCGCGACGGCGACCAAAGUGUCCGAUGGAUUUGGCUUCGCCAGCCCAACCAAGUCGGAGUUUUCGGAUGGACAGGAUGAGCACUUUGGUGUCCGGGCGUGGGACGAGAAGAAGGUCGUGGCAUGGCUUCACAGCAUCAAGUGCGGCCAGUAUGAGUCGCUCUUUCGAGCGAAUAAUUUCAAUGGGGAUAAUUUAAUUGACUGCGAUCAAAAAAUCCUGCAGGAGAUGGGCAUUAAGAAAGUGGGUGAUCGGGUCCGCAUCUUUGUUGCGAUCAAGCAGCUUCGUAACAAGACCAUGGUCGACCCACGGCAAAAGAACAUGAAAAAAAUCGCUGCAAUGGAAGCCGCAGUGCUGACGGAUAACACUCGCUCGACGCUGAACAGCGGGCGUUGGUCCCGGGAGGGAUAUGGCUACAAGUCUUCGUCUCAACCGGCAUCACCGCCUGCAGACUCCGACCGCGCCUACCGCAAGGAUGGCUAUCUCACAAGCGGCUCCGGCUCAGGACGCAAUCCAAGCACGCCUGGUUCAUCUCACCCACGCAACAACAGUCUGGACGGUCUCACGAUGGGCCCUCUCCCGCAACAUAGCCCGGUCAUCCGGGUCAUCUACACCGGUGGCCAGACCAAAGUUCUGGACAUUCGGAACAGUAGGACUCCCGAUGAACUCAUCAUUUCGGUUCUCAAGAAGCUGCAGCUCCCUGAGCACCAGUACAGGAAUUACUGCUUCUAUGUCCUGGAUGGCCUCGAGCCGGUCCUGUCGAACUGCCGACGACUAUCCGAGAACGAGCUGAUGGAGAUCUGCGAUGGCGUGAACAAGUCGGAACGCGGUCGUUUGAUUCUACGGAAGAUUCAUGCUGGAGAGCCCGACCAAGAAGAGCUUCGUCGCGCGUCCCAGCUGGCCUACGAUGAAAGCAAGGUUACCCACGAGAACGCGCUCAAUAAGUCCAAUCAUCGGCAAAAGAACAAAAUCCAGCAGCUCACGGGCGAGCCAUGGAAUGUCAUCAACACCAAGCAGCCCAUCUCCCCACUGGGCCCCCCGCGCCAUCGUCCGUCCCCUACUCCGGCCGACCAAGGUCAACAAUCUCCAGGCAACGAGCGCAACCCCGUGGCCAAGCUGCGGUCCUUCUUCGGCCAGAGACCUCCGAGUGAAAUGAUCAUCCACGAGCUCCAAUCCUUCUUCCCUAGUCACGACCGAGAGGAUAUUGCGAAGACAAUGCGCAGAUCCCAACGCCUCAGUCGCGCAGCGAGUCGCCUGAGUGUUGUCAGCAACUAUAGCGUUGCAUCAAGUCUCAAAGAUGCACCUCCGCUCCCUCCCCUACCUCCCAUUCCUCCUAUCCCCCCGAUGCCCAAUAUCGCCGACACAUGGUUCCAGCCAUCCCAAGGCCAAGCCGGGGCACAGGCAGCCCGUGCCUCACGGCCUCCGUCUCUCUCCAAAUUCAACCUUCCUCACACCUCAUACCGGGACUCGAUUGCGUCGAGUUCCCUUCAGCCUCUCCAAGAAGAAUCUCCCAUCGAGCCCAACCGCAAAUCAUAUGUCUCCUUUGACAGUAGCUCCGAUGAGCCCAAUCUUUCGCGCCACAGCAUUUUCGAUGAGAGUAUGAGCGUCGCGGCUACCGAUGGCGAUUCUUUCAAUGACAGCAUGAGCACUCUCAACAUCAAUGAGGGUGAAGAGGGAGAAGAAGAGGAUGAUGCAGGCUUGAUGAGCGACUUCUUGGCUGGAAACAACUUCGCACCCAAGAACUGGAUGAAGGGUUCGCUCAUUGGCGAAGGUUCCUUUGGAAGUGUCUUCCUGGCUCUCCAUGCCAUCACUGGGGAGCUCAUGGCCGUCAAGCAGGUCGAAAUUCCUUCCGCUACCCAGGGAACCGAAUUUGACAAGCGCAAGAAUCUCAUGGUUACUGCCCUUAAGCAUGAAAUAGAACUUCUGCAGGGGAUGCACCAUCCCAACAUUGUGCAGUACCUGGGUACCGCUACUGAUGACCAAUACCUGAACAUUUUCCUGGAGUAUGUGCCUGGUGGCUCCAUUGCCACUAUGCUGACGCAAUACAACACCUUCCAGGAGCCUCUGGUCAAGAACUUUGUCCGUCAGAUCCUGGCCGGCCUAUCCUACCUGCACAGCUGCGACAUCAUCCACCGAGACAUCAAGGGAGCGAACAUUCUGGUCGACAACAAGGGCGGCGUCAAGAUCUCCGAUUUCGGUAUCUCCAAGCGCGUGGAAGCUUCCACUGUCCUCGGUUCGCGAGCUAGUACAGGCGGUGGCAGUGCCGGACACAUGCACCGACCCUCCAUGCAAGGCAGUGUGUACUGGAUGGCACCGGAAGUCGUGCGGCAAACAGCCCACACCAAGAAGGCCGAUAUCUGGAGUCUUGGCUGUCUCGUCGUGGAAAUGUUCAUUGGUGCUCACCCCUUUCCGGAUUGCAGUCAGCUGCAGGCGAUCUUUGCUAUCGGCAGUAACAAGGCUCGUCCUCAUACUCCCGAGCAUGUUAGCGAAGAGGCCGCCGAGUUCUUGGAUAUGACCUUCCAGCAUGAAUAUGAGAAAAGACCCAGUGCCGAUGAGCUGUUGAAGUGCAAGUUCCUGGCGAUGCCCAUCACAUGA